AUGAACAAGUUGAGUCGGUUACUUACACACCUGUAUGCAAUCCUUUCUAUUGAUCCCAGUCUCUAUGUCUUUGUGUGGUCAACUUUUUUCAUUUCUCUCUAUCUUUCCUUUUGUAUAUUAUGUUUUCCACAUAUUUUAUCUUUCCUUUCUGCCAUUUUGACUAAAAUCAUUCCAUUUACAUCAUUGCUUUCUGUUUUCUUGUGUCCAUUAUUUUCUCACUCCUUCUUUUGUUUUUUAUCUCCUUUGUCCCCAUUGCUCCUUGUCUUUCCUUUACUCUAUCAACCUCCCCUUCGUCUAUUCUAUCAAUUCCUCUUCAUAUUGCUGCUCUUUCACCUCCCCUUCAUCUCACCUCUCUUUCACCUCCCCUUCAUCUCACCUCUUUUUCACCUCCCCCUUCAUCUCACCUCUUUUUCACCUUGCCUCUCUUUCACCUCCUCUUCAUUUCAGCUCCCUUUCACAACCUCUUCAUCUCACCUCUCUUUCACUUCUUCCUCACCUCUCUUUCACUUCUUCCUCACCUCUCUUUCACUUCUUCAUCUCACCUCUCUUUCACCUCCUCUUCAUCUCGCCUCUCUUUCACCUCCUCUUCAUCUCGCCUCUCUUUCACCUCCUCUUCAUCUCGCCUCUCUUUCACCUCCUCUUCAUCUCACCUCUCUUUCUUCUCCUCUUCAUCUCUCCUCUCUUUCACCUCCUCUUCAUCUCUCCUCUCUUUCACCCCCUCUUCAUCUCGCCUGUCUUUCACCCCCUCUUCAUCUCGCCUGUCUUUCACCCCCUCUUCAUCUUGCCUGUCUUUCACCCCCUCUUCAUCUCGCCUCUCUUUCACAACCUCUUCAUCUUGUCUCUCUUUCUUCUCUUCAUCUUGUCUCUCUUUCUUCUCUUCAUCUUGUCUCUCUUUCUUCUCUUCAUCUUGCCUCUCUUUCACCCCUUCAUCUCUCAUCUCUUUCACCUCCUCUUCAUCUUGCUUCUCUUUCAUCUCACUUCUCUUUCACCUCUUCAUCUCACUUCUCUUUCACUGCCUCUUCAUCUUUCCUUCUCUCUCUCUCUCUCUCAUUGUUUGGAUUUCUCUAUUUUCUCAUUGAUUUAUUUCCUUAUUUCUUUCUUAUUUUUCUCUUCUUUUCUCUUUUUCACUCCCUUUCACUUUCAUUGCAUAUUUUUCUCUUUCUUUCAUUCCCUUACUUUUUAUUCCAUUUUCCCUUUCUAUUGGCCUCUGUUUCUGGAACAUUUUUUUUUAAUUCUUUUUCAUUUCUCCUUUCAAUCUGUCCAUUUUUUUCUUCUUUUCCUUCCUUAUUCUAUUUUUUUCUUUUCCCCAUUUUCUAUUACUCACCUCAUAUUCACCUGUCUCAUAUUCACCUGUCUUUGUUCCAAUCAUUGGCUUCUGUGUCACCACCUGCCAUAGACCCUCAUGGUAAGAGACUCUUCAUUCAGCUUUGUGGAUGCUCUUUCAGUUUACCUAUUUAUCUACCACAAAAAAAAAUUCCUUACUUUCUUCACAUCAUCCAGUCUUUUAUUUUACUAGAAAAUGACAGCUGUAUGUAUUUGUCUCUUGGUAGGUAG